CCCGCAUACAGCAAGUGAAUGGUGAACUGGACGGAUCCCGAUGUCAUCUCGGAGUGCGGCAGCAUGAUAGCACGCCUUAAUUUUCUAUUCCUCGGUUUGUACAUGUGGGGAUUGUUACUACUUUGCGCUCAAGAGCUCCCUCAUGACCAUGACUCGUAGGUGGGAGUACGCACGAUCAUGGCAAGUCGAACUUGCUUUGAUUCGCAGACGCAUACCGCCUCGAUGGCCUCUACUACCGUAUAUCACCGGUCGCAUUCUUCUUCUGACGUCCAUGGUUAUGAUCUGCUGGCUCAGCAGCCCGACCUCCCAGAACGUGGAUUGCCACAGCGCUUUUUUGGUGUUUUCUUUCGCAGGGAAUGCAGCCAUUGGUUGUUCGUCUUUGAACUUGAUGGUACGACCAUUCAUGAUUUGGAGAACAUUCAGCUAUGUCCGUAUAUUUGUGGUAUUAGCCACGAUUGGCCACUGGGUCUUCCUGUUACGGGUAAUGUUUGCCUUCUCCGUCAUGAACGUGAACGGUAGCUGUGGCUUCAUGAUCAUUGACCAUACUGUCAUGACCGCUUUAUUCAUCUACACAAUGUGUUAUGAUAUGCUGGCGCUUGCUCUGACUAUCAUCGGCCUUCGGAAUACACCAUCAUCUAAUGCAAUAUGGAAAACGUUGCAUAAACAAGGGAUAAUAUAUGUCUCAGUCACCUGCUUGGCAAAUAUUUUUCCGAUCGUUAUAUCUUCGUUGAACCUGAAUGUCGUCAUGAACGUUGUAUUUGCGAUGCCUGCAUCUGUUAUCAGCACUAUCGCUUCAAGUCGAAUAGUUGGUUCUUUUCUGAACUUACGGUCGAGGUACGAGUGACAAGAAAUUAUUUAUUGGUUGUAUUCUCAACAUUUCCAGCAACUCCGCAGAAGAGCUGGAAAGUCUAGGCGUGCCACUUACCACUGUGCUGAUAAUGCCUACGUGAGUUACUGCUUCGACCUUUGCAUUCAUUAAAUGAUGGAUAUGGCACACAGUACAUCCUCCGUGGAUACCCAAUCCUUCGUAUGAUGUUUAGGGAUUCAUC